CACCAAUGGAGCCAAAACUCCCCUUGCUGCCCCUCAUGCCCAUGGAAGAAUUGGAGGGACGCAUUACCAAUGGUGAAUUGGCACAGGCUGGACAAUUCCCCUAUCAAGUCGGCUUGAGUUUGGACUUCGGUAACCAAGGCUUCUGGUGUGGUGGUACCCUGAUUUCGGAUCGUUGGAUUUUAACCGCUGCCCAUUGUACCGAUGGUGCUGAUGGUAUCACCGUUUAUUUGGGCGCCAUUGAUGUUCGCAAUGCCAAUGAAAAGGGUCAGCAACGGAUCUAUUCCUCCAAAAAAUAUAUUAUUGUUCACGAACAAUGGGAUAACGAAACCAUGGCUAAUGACAUCUCCUUGGUCAAAUUGCCGGUGCCCAUUGAGUUCAAUGAUCGCAUCCAACCUGCUGUUCUGCCUAAAAUGAAUGGUCAGUAUUCCAGCUAUGAAGGUGAUAUGGUUUGGGCCUCAGGCUGGGGUCGUGACAGCGAUGCAGCCACUAGCAUCUCUCAAUUUUUGCGUUACAUUGAAGUUCCCGUUAUGAAACAAAGCACCUGCAAAACCUACUAUUUGGGUUCCGUUACCGAUGAGAUGAUCUGCAUCAGCACCAAGGGUAAAAAGUCAACCUGUAAUGGUGAUUCUGGCGGUCCAUUGGUAUACAAGCAGAAUGGCGAGAAUGUUGUUAUUGGUGCCACCUCCUUUGGCAUUCGGUUGGGUUGUGAAAAGGGCUGGCCAGGAGUAUUCACUCGUGUCACUUCCUAUUUGGAUUGGAUCGAAGAGAAAUCGGGUGUUGUCAAUAAAUAAAU